GCCUCCGUGGGCCUGUGGGAAGCUUGGGCUGUCCCAGGACCGUCAGUCUCCUCCUCUGACCCUCCCUUACCCCUUGUGUGUGGGGCCGCCGUCCCACCGCCACCUCGCCCAAGUCCGGGGCCGCCCCGGUGUCCCCUCAGAGCCUGCUGCACUCCACGUCCCCCUACCAGGGCUCCAGCCCCCCGGGAAAGCUCCGGCCAGUCAGAUCCAGGCUCCUGGAAGAACAAUGUCCGGCAGCUGCCAGUCGUGCCAGGCGCACACUGCUGCCCAAGAGGAACUGCUGUUUGAAUUAUCUGUGAAUGUUGGGAGGAGGAAUGCCAGAGCUGCCAACUGAAAAUUAUCCAACCAAAAGAAAUGUAGGCUGGACACCCUGAAUCACCCCCCCCAGGAUGGACUUUCUGGUCCUCUUCUUGUUCUACCUGGCUUCGGUGGUGAUGGGUCUUGUUCUUAUCUGCGUCUGCUCGAAAACGCAUAGCUUGAAAGGCCUGGCCAGGGGAGGAGCACAGAUAUUUUCCUGUAUAAUUCCAGAAUGUCUUCAGAGAGCCAUGCACAGAUUGCUUCACUACCUUUUCCACACGAGAAACCACACCUUCAUUGUCCUGCACCUGGUCUUGCAAGGGAUGGUUUAUACUGAGUACACCUUGGAAGUAUUUGGCUACUGUCAAGAGCUGGAGUUCUCCUUGUAUUACCUUCUUCUGCCCUAUCUGCUGCUAGUUGUAAACCUGUUUUCUUUCACCCUGACUUGUGUAACCAAUCCUGGCAUUAUAACAAAAGCAAAUGAAUUAUUAUUUCUUCAUGUUUAUGAAUUUGAUGAAGUGAUGUUUCCAAAGAACGUGAGGUGCUCUACUUGUGAUUUAAGGAAACCAGCUCGAUCCAAGCACUGCAGUGUGUGUAACUGGUGUGUGCACCGUUUUGACCAUCACUGUGUUUGGGUGAACAACUGCAUCGGGGCCUGGAACAUCAGGUACUUCCUCAUCUACCUCUUGACCUUGACGGCCUCGGCUGCCACCGUCGCCAUUGUGAGCACCACUUUUCUGAUCCACUUGGUGGUGAUGUCGGAUCUAUACCAGGAGACUUACGUCGAUGACCUUGGACACCUCCAUGUUAUGGACACGGUCUUCCUUAUUCAGGAAACUUGUAUGUACUGGGAUUAUUCCUGGGCUGCUUCUCAGUGCUGUUUAUGUUCAGUUUGUCACUUUUGGACACAGUACCUGUUCCUGACUUUUCCACGGAUUGUCUUCAUGCUGGGCUUUGUCGUGGUCCUGAGCUUCCUCCUGGGUGGCUACCUGUGCUUUGCCCUGUACCUGGCGGCCACCAACCAGACUACUAAUGAGUGGUACAGAGGUGACUGGGCCUGGUGCCAGCGUUGUCCCCUUGUGGCCCGGCCUCCAUCAGCAGAGCCCCAAGUGCACCGGAACAUUCACUCCCACGGGCUUCGGAGCAACCUUCAAGAGAUCUUUCUACCUGCCUUUCCAUGUCAUGGGAGGAAGAAACAAGAAUGACAAGUGUGUGACUGCCUUUGAGCUGUAGUUCCCGUUUAUUUAUACAUGUGGAUCCUCGUUUUCCAAGC